AUGCACGACGGUCUGCUGACCUUCAGGCCCGCCAAAUCUUGGCACGAUGGUGAGAUGAACGCCCAUCUGAAAAGCGUGCUGACGAGUUUCGGAUUCCCGGAAUCUGAGGUGCGCGUGCAGGCGUUCGAUGAGGGCUAUAAGCUCAAGGAUAUGAUCGAUACGCUUGCGCUGAUGCAGAGCGACACCUCUAUCCCGCCAUCGAAUGUGCACAUCCUCAUCCUUUGGAGAGGAGAGGAUUUGUGGAAGCUGGACCAGAGCUGGAGUAAGCUUACCGGUGACAUCGAUCUGGCACGAUCACAAUACGCCAAGUCGACUGCACGGGAUGCUCUCGAGGAGUACAACACGAUCUACGGAUCAGUGUCCUUCUGCGGACCAGUGUCUCCGAGCAUGGGAUACCUUCCGACUCUGCCAGGCCAUCUCUUCGAGAAAUACAGAGAGGAGAUGAGGAUGAUCUGGGACACGAUCAGAAGGUCCAACUUCCUCACCCUGUCAUAUGACGCUAUCCUGGAGGGACUGCCGUUCCUGAGGGGAUAUCACGUCAUGCACGAGUCCAAGACGAUUGGGGUCUUGUGUACUCGUAUCUGCUCGAUGUUCACGCUUGCGGCUCUCGCGCGAUUUCCAUCUUAUGGGACCCGCCGAGAGUAUCAGACCGCUGCCGAUAAGAUGUGGGAGCGCACCCCAGUCCCAGAAGAAAAGCCGAAGGGCGGGGUGAAGGCCAUUGUGCACUCCACGGUGCAGGACCUAAUCGAAGGAGCAGAUCGCGGUCCCGAUCAUGGACCCACAAAGACUGUUGAUAUGAGUCAGCUCGGCUUCGAUGACGACGAUGAUGAAGAUAUGGCCGGUGACAUAGCUCCAGCUGCGGCCAAGCAUCCGGUUAAACAGGAGCCGGGGACACUGGCGGAUCUUCCGGGUGUUCGUCAUCCAGAUCCGAUUGUAUUGCCCGCUACUCCUGUGCCCGGCCAGGCAAUGCCUGUGUCGCCCGGCCUUGCCCCGGCUGCUACGAACAAUGAGGAAUCUAGCAGCAGUUCCGAUGAUGACGAACAGCAAGGGGAUGGCGAUACGGCAAUGCCCGAGGCCAAGAAGGAGGAAUCCGAUGAGGAGUUCAAUGAGCUUCUCGAAGAAAUGACUGAUGCAUUCGAGCAAAUGCCUACUCCUCGUGAUGCGGAGCGAACUGUCGCAGCCAAUCGGGACGCCGCUCGACCGCCUGCCGUGCCGACGAUUCCCCUAUCCGCAAUGAAGAAGCCGAAGCCGAUCGGUGGCGAGGGAGCCGCAGGGCCCACCACCGAGAAUCGCCAGAGUUAUGCUCAUUACGAAAGCCAAGUCAGUGAGGCUGAGGCUCGCCGUGAGCAGGCUGCGAAGAUGAAGGCACAUAUCGCUGAAGUGGCGAAGGGUGCCACAGGCGUUGAAAACGCCGAACACCUUCGAUCCAUUGCCGAUGGGCUCGACAGGAUCAUGGACCCGAACAUUAGCGAUGACAAUGUGUUCCAGGGUGCCAUGUACCCUCCGGGUGACUAUGCGCUCGACGCUGUCACGAACCGGUUGGCCCAAGGCAGGCGUCGGGUCGAAUCGAACAGCAAUCUCAUCAGGGAGAUGGCCAGCGACCGAUUCACGCCUGUGCUUAUCAACCGAGAUACUGGUGAGACUGAGUCAGCAAUCGAUGCACGAUGGACCCCAGAGUAUGGAAACAGGGGGGAGCUUGAGGCCAAGGUUGGUGCGAUCAUUUCCAACCUUGAUGCCGUGGUUGCAAGCAUGUCAACCCUCCCUGUGUUCCAUCCGCACAUUCCCUCAACGUAUGGUAUGGCUCGAUCGCUUCUCAAUACCUACCAGUCGUUGCAGCUUGCCAUUCGACACCGUGGCAUGGGUGCGAUGUCCUUCGAACAGAUGGCGUUCAAACCUGAGGACCUUGAGGUUCCGACGCCCGAUGAUUGGCCGGACCUCAUUGCGCCUACCCCAGGAAAAGUCAUUCAGUCCAUGCGGGUAGCCCUGGUAAACAAUACCGCAGCGAGGUUGACGAGAGAAGACCUCAAGCUGCCGCCGGGCUUCGCUAUGCAGCGACGGGUGACCGAAUUCCGUAAGCCGGAUGAGGAUCCGGUACAGAGCCUGAUGGGACUCACCGAUGAUUUGAGCUACGGCACCACCAGCCGAACUGGGGACGAUAGGUUGUCCCAGUUCCAGCGCAGUGUCGCGGUACAGCUGCGGAACACUGCGGGGUUCAUUGCGAGCGAGUUCCAGAAGCAUGCCCGAUCGAUAGCUGCUUCCUCCUCGCGUCGCAGUGAUGCCUCUGGCGCCAUGAGUAGCCAGGGUGAAGGUGCGGCAGACAACGAUCUUCCGUCCACUGAGCCGGCUAGUGUCGCAUCUGAGCGUGCGACGACGCCUCCUCCGCCGAAAGUGGCUCCUCCUCCUCCGCCAACAGCGGAAGCACCUCCGAGGGCGUCCGAAGAGAGUGCAAAGGAGGAUGACGAUGAUAACAAAAUGGAGGAUGACACGGCCGAUCAGAAGCCUGAGCAGAAACAUGAGGAGGAUGCCGAAAUGGGUAGCGGACAGGAGCUGCAAGACGAGGUCCCCGGCAAGGGAGCCGUGCUCUCCGGUGCUCGUGGGCCGGAUAUCGAUAUUGAUCCAGCCAGUACUGCCGCUGAUCAGGCAGUGAACGAUCCAAGAAACUGCCGAAUCGAGGGCCCUGGUAUCAAGGCGACAACGAUUCAUCGCCCCGACCAGAUGCCCGAGAGAGGCUUCGACUCCAUAGCGCCGGUCGUACAGUAUGAGAUGUCGUCCGUUCCGGUAGCGCUACCGGAUUUCGUUGUUCCGGGACUCGACAUGGGCAUCGAUGACUCUGUCCAUGGUCGACUGGUCUCAGCGACCUGCCUCCCACCGACCGACGAACAGCGCAAGUUUUCGAAUCGACGAUUCGCCAUGCUCUCCUCGAAUCAGACAGUGUACUUGAACGUGGCACUUCACAAGAAACCUGUCAAAGGGGAUCACGAUUCUUUCCUCCGACCGGAGUCUUACGAGGAUUGCCGCAACAUUCAUGACGCUGUCCGGGCCUACAAUGCCAGUGAGGCCAAAUACCGAUCUGUCGGCGGAACAUCUGUGUCAUGCAGUCGAUUGCUUAUCGACGAUGCACAAAACAUUCCUGCUGCCACGAUUCCGGACGCAGGAAUGAUCAAUUUGGUGCGGAAGCUGAUGUUCCGAGUGCUGACACAAACGAAGGAGUAUCCUUCCCCUACUGCCGGUGGACCGCAGAAUCGCCCUCAGGAUCGUGAGAGGGGCAUUCCCUUGUAUUCACACUUCGAUCAGAGUGGCAUCAUCGCUUUCGAUGUCAUCCCGAUGUACAUGGAGCGUGAGAGGGAAUACAUGAAGGCCAACGCCGGAGAAGCCAGUGGCCGGAUUCUUCUCCAGACAAAUGUCCUGGAUGAGAACGAUGAACCAUCCGAGCUUACUCUUCAAUGCAUCAUGGAGAUUGCCCGGACGGACAACAAUCGAAUGUUUGAGUUCUUCUACUCUACGAUCAACGAUGAUGGAAGACCUCAGUUUGUUGGCAUCCGAGCAACUUACGGUUUCGGCCCCGAUAAUUUUAACCGAUUCCGACUGCUGACCAAGUGCCAACACGGGCCGUUCGUUCAGCUCGCUCAAGACCAUUAUGUUGGUGGCGAGAGGAAGAGGAAUGUGGCCCGACAUCAUCCCCAAUACGGAUGGGGUUGCGCAACGAUUCGCGAAUUCUUCGGGUGCAUGAGUGAUUGCAAAGUCAACCCUCCGAAGGGACAGCUGUUCCUCACCCUGCUCCCGUAUGCUCCCGGAUCUGGGAACAACAACGAGUGGGAAGAGGUGUACAUGAACGUCCGAAUGAACCCGAAGCGUGAGACGCUCUCGAAUACCGCAUCGACACAAUCAAUGCUCCCUGAAGGAUUGGGAUCCAACCGCAUGAUCGUGUUCGCAAUUGAUUUGCACAUGGUCGCGGCGGGUAUCAAUCCGAUUUCCUUCCAUCCGAGAGGAUACUACGCGAUCAAAGACAGUAUCCCUCUCGCCUGUAUGCCGAUAGCAUACUUCAUGGACUCGGGAUCCCUAGUGUUCAACACGGCCUUCAAAUACAUCGGAGGUACGAAAUUUGGCACUGGCCCCGAGCGAGGAAGCCACAAGCGGGAGACGUGGCCGCUCGCUAGCUUCGACUGCCCCAUGUGCGGAGCUUCAUUCCCGGUUGGUCUCCACAUGUGCCACUCUUGCACUAAGCCGAUUCACUAUCAAGGCUUUUUCGUACUAUUCGGGGGGUCAAAGAUCAACCAGGGGAUCCUGUUUCAGCGGAGCUUGAAAGGAGCAUCGCCGCGCCGCCCACCAGAGACGAGCGCCGAUUGA